AUGACAAACGACAACAAAUUGCACAUCAUCAUCGUCGGUGGCGGCAUUGCUGGCCUCACGGCCGCAAUCGCUCUGCGCGCCUCCAACAGGAAAAUCACAGUUCUGGAGCAGUCGCGACUGAGUCGCGAAAUUGGUGCAUUGAUCUCCCUACAGCCAAAUGCUUCUCGAAUCUUGCGGAAGACGUGGAAACUCGACAAAGAAAUGGAAGAAGCACGUGGCCUAGUCGAUGAGGGCAUGCGUAUUUACGAUGUGGACGGAAAGCUCGUCAACGAAAUCCCACUCUUAUCCAAGACCGAAUAUGGCGGUGAUCGCAUCGUUUGGCAUCGAAAUGAUUUACAUACAGCUCUAAAGUCAGCUGCGACAAGUCCUAAUAGAGGGGGAGACCCGGCGACUAUUCAGGUAGCAUCGAGAGUGACUAGUUGCGAUCCUGUUGAGGGCAAUGUGACUCUCGAGAGUGGUGAAGUUUUGACGGCCGAUGUGAUCAUUGGCGCAGAUGGGAUCGCGCUGCGAAAAUAUGUACUCAACGAUGAGCCUGCAGCUAUGCCGACUGGAUCCUCUGAGAGGAUGAACGAGGAUCCGAAUUCUGGGGAAUCAUGGGUCUCGGAAGGAAGUAUGGAAAAGAUGAUGGAGAUCUUUGCGGAGUUCCCUAGCUGGGUUAGCAACAUUUUCAAACACUCGGCAAAUAUCGGGCUGUGGCAAUUACGUGACAUGGAUCCCUUAGCGACCUGGGUUCAAGGUCGCGUCAUCCUUAUUGGAGAUGCCGCUCACCCCAUGCUGCCUACACAAGGGCAAGGCGCAAGCCAGUCUAUCGAGGAUGCAGAAGCAUUGGGUGCUUUCUUUGAGGAUGUCCAAAAGGCACCAUCUCUGGAGCAGCUGGACAAUAUUUUCAAGCAAGUUUUCCAGUCCCGCUAUGAAAGGGUCAGCAUUAUUCAGGGAGCCAGUCGACAGGCCGCCAAACCCGGCACCAAGAAAGGAGAAAAGACCGUUACAAUGUAUACAACCCUGGAGACUAAUUCGAUUGUGAAUUCGCUAAUUGAGUUUUUAAUCAGGAGCCCAGCAGAUUCCAUGGAUUACAAUUGCACAUACCGAGGAGCGAAGCAAUGGGUACAUAGUCAAGCUGGAUCCGCGGUGUAG